UCUUCUGCAAUCAUCUUUUCGAUACCGAAGCAGCAACCUUGGCGCCGCCGAGAGAGAGAGAGAACGAGAAAAAAUGGGGAAGAAGUCGAAAACCUCAAGGAAAGGGAAAAAAGCAUGGAGGGCUAACAUAAGCACCGAGGACAUUGAAGAUUUCUUCGAGAAAACCACCAAAGAUGCUCUCUCCGGCGGUAAUCUCUCCGCUGCUCCCAGCGAGGACCUGUUCCACGUCGAUAAAUCCCAUGACCUUCCGGUGAAGCGAAAGAUUGAGAAACAUAGAGAGAGAGUGCUCCGUGUUGACAGUAUCUUAAAGAAGAAUCCAUUUGUCCAGUUAGUGCCAUCUUCAAAGCCUAAGUUGAAGAAGAGUAAGAAGACAAUCGUUAUAGAAGACAAAGCACCUAAACAAGUUCAAAAAAAUGUUGGUGACGAUUCUGUAAUGGUGGACUUGUGGGGUGAUGAUAGUAAAGGAGAAGAUGAGAGCAAUCCUAGAAAGAUUUUCAAAAAACCAUCGAUUAUUCCAGCAGUAGAAAUUGAACAUCCAGGAUGCUCAUACAACCCUACAACUGAAAGUCACCAGGAUAUGUUGGCUGAAGCUGUUGCUCAAGAAAUGCAGAAAGUUUACAAAACUGAAUUAGGGCCUGCGCCUGUUCCUUUGACUGUUGAAGGGGAUUCACUCAGUGAAGAUGAGAGGUACUUUCUUGAUGUGGACAAUUUUGGUGAAGGCGAAGAUGAUGUCUUAAAGAAGAACCCAUUUGUCCAGUUAGUGCCAUCUUCAAAGCCAAACUUGAAGACAAUCGUUAUAGAAGACAAAACACCUAGACAAGCUCAAAAAAGUGUUGGUGACGAUUCUGUAAUGGUGGACAUGUUGGGUGAUGAUAGUAAAGAAGACCUGAGGUACUUUCUUGAACUGGGCAAUGUUGGUGAAGGUGAAAAUAAUGAAGAUGUUGAGAAUGAAGUGUCAGAGGCUGGGAACAUAUUCGCAAGGAAAACAAAAAGGGUUACCCGUGUGGAAUUAAAUAAGCGAUGUAGGCAAAAGGCACUGCGAAAAAAAGAGACAAAGGAAAAGGCUAAAGAGAAGAUAUUAAACGAAAUUGACAGCUUGCCAAAUAUCUUAGAAGAAAUAGCCAGAGAAGAUGAGGAUAAACAGAAUAAACAUUUACGACGGGUCAUUGCCAAGGAGGAAGUGCUGAAGAUACGUCCUCCUCGGUUGGGAAAGUACAAAUUUGAGGCUCCUCCAGUUCAAGUCCUCUUGACAGAAGAGAUGACUGGGUCACUUCGUAAGCUGAAGGCAUGUUGCACUCUUGCAAGAGAUCGAUUCAAGAGCCUCGAGAAGCGAGGAAUACUUGUUCCCUCAAAACAAAUUAGAAGGUUUUAGGAACUCUUCUCACUGUCUACGGCUUUGUUUGAGAUAAGCUUUUGGAAGAAAACAACAACAAAUACUGUCUCAAUCGACUCAUAUAUCUUGUGUUUUAACAUAAAGUUGGUUUUAAUGUUGUCAAAUUUUGAGUUUAUGAAGAAAAAACAAAAGAUUUUGCUACCAAUCCAAUUGCUCCUACUGGUUAUAAUCUCUUUGAUGAAGUAA